AUGCGUGUGUGCCUGCGUGCCUUCAUUCCGGACAAACGCCCGGAUUGCCGUCAUCCUUCUGGAUGCCAUCGCGAGUCUUCCUUGGCACAUGGCGACCCGCGACCGGCCAGCAGCGUCGACUUCCCACCCUCGACGAGCCAUCACCGACUCGCCUCGUCCGAUGGAACGGACGGAGCAACCGAUGUCGUCGUCAUCAUGAGGUCAUCUCUUCUCCUGUCGCUCGCCGCCGUCGUCGUCGUCGCCGCGAGGGCCGCCGACACGGCCACCGUCGCCGCCAGCCUGCCGCCCUGCGCUUUGACCUGCCUAACCGCCGCCGUCGAGAGCUCGAAAUGCACUGUCACCGACCUCGCCUGUCUCUGCGCCGAUGACGCUCUGCAGGAACGUGUCGGCCGCUGCCUCGAGUCCAGCUGCACCCUCUCCGAGGCUCUCUCCGCCACCAACACGACCAAGACGGCCUGCGACGCGCCCGUGCGGGACCGGUCGGCUCAAUACGUCGAGACGGUCAUCCCCCUCGGCGUCGUCGCCAUCGUCAUGACGGCGACGCGCCUCGUCUUCAUGCAGUUCUUCAGCGCCGCCCGCGCCCUUCGCCCCGACGACUGGGCCAUGGCCGCGACGCUCGUCAUCUGCGUCGCCGGCCUCGUCGUCGGCGUCGAGGGCCUCGCCGCCAACGGCCUCGGCCGCGACGUCUGGACCAUGACCGUGUCCGAGAUAUCCACCUUUGCCCUCUACUUCUUCGUCAUGGAGGUCCUCUACGUCGUCGGCAUCUCCCUCAUCAAGCUUAGCCUCUCCCUCUUUUACCUCCAAAUCUUCCUCGGCCCGAGCAUCCGCGUCCUACUCUGGGCUACCGUCGUCUUCAACGUCCUCUACGGCGUCGUCUUUACCAUCACCGCCAUCUUCCAGUGCUCGCCCGUGAGCUACUUCUGGGACCAGUACCUGCCGGGCGCCGACGGUAGCUGCAUCAACAUCAACGUCUUCGGCUGGCUCAACGCCGCCAUCGGCGUCCUCAUCGACCUCUGGAUGAUCGGCGUCCCCCUCUGCCAGGUUUUCCGCCUCCACAUGCACUGGAAGAAAAAGGUCGGCGUCGCCGUCAUGUUCCUGCUGGGCACCUUCGUCACCGUCGUCUCCAUCUUUCGCCUGCACUCGCUGAUAUACUUUGCCAAGUCGAGCAACCCGACCUGGGACCAGUGGACGACGGCCUACUGGUCCGUCAUCGAGAUCAACGUCGGCAUGAUCUGCACCUGCCUCCCGACCUUUCGCCUCAUCCUCGUCCGCCUCUUCCCGACCGUCUUUGGCGCCUCGCGGUCGACGACGUCGUACCAGCAGAGCCUCGCGUGCCAGGAGAGGAGCAAGACGCGACCCGAGGAGGCGGGGGCCGCCGGUCUCGACUCCCACUACGAAGCGGCCGUAACGCAAUCCGUGCGCCGGAGCACGACGCGGAGCGAGGCUUGA